GUCCUCCAAACCAAGAGCUUCCAAUGAUUUUCCGAAGGCCCUCUUUCGUUCCUUCGUUCUCGCGCUUCCUCCAAUUCUCCAGCGGGUUUCACAAACCGGCGGCGAACGCCGGAGCCCCCUCCACCCACGGAAUCCACGUCUUCCACUGCCCGGAUGAAGUGGGGAUCGUUGCGAAACUAUCCGAAUGCAUUGCAUCCCAUGGCGGCAACAUCCACAGCGUCGACGUCUUUGUCCCCGAUAACAAGCCAGUCUUCUACUCCAGAAGUGAAUUUGUGUUUAAUCCUGCUCGGUGGUCGAGAGAUGCUUUGGAGAAUGAUUUUCGGAAGUUGGGGAAGCUUUUCAAUGCAGAGAGAUCGGUUGUUCGCGUUCCUGAUCUAGAUCCAAACUAUAAGAUUGCAGUGUUUGCGUCAAAGCAAGAUCAUUGUUUAGUUGACUUGCUAUACCGAUGGCAAGAGGGAAGACUCCCAGUGGAUAUCAAUUGUGUGAUAAGCAACCAUGAUAGAGCUUCAAAUAAUCAUGUUAUUCGUUUUCUUGAGAGCCAUGGGAUUCCAUAUCAUUACUUGCCAAUAACUUCAGGAAACAAGAGAGAAGAGGAGAUUUUGAAUUUAGUUGCAGAUACUGAUUUCCUUGUGCUUGCUAGAUAUAUGCAGGUAUUUUCUGGAAGAUUUUUGGCAGCAUAUGGUAAAGACGUAAUUAACAUCCACCAUGGUCUUCUCCCAUCUUUCAAGGGUGGCCAUCCCUCCAAACAGGCAUAUGAUGCUGGGGUGAAAUUGAUUGGUGCCACAACUCACUUUGUUACCGAAGAACUUGAUGCGGGUCCAAUUAUAGAACAAAUGGUUGAAAGGGUUUCUCACAGAGAUACCUUAGAAAGCUUUUGUACAAAAAAAUCUGAGAACCUGGAGAAGCAAUGUCUGGCACAAGCAAUUAGAUCAUAUUGUGAGCUUCGGGUGCUCCCUUACGAAUCUAACAGAACCGUUGUAUUCUGACAAUUGGUGUCCGGUGUGGGAAUAUGUACAUUACAUUAUUUAUUAUUUGCAUGAAAAAGAAACUUGCUUUA